AUGUUGGACAAGCCGCCGCACGCGGUCUUCCUGGAGGUGGACGGGCGGCGGCUGGACCCCGGCAACGUGUUCCUGCCGGUGCUGGAGGGCUCGGCGCUCGCCGUGGGCUGCGUGGCCGAGGGCGGGGAGCCGCCGCCGCGCCUCUCGUGGCGGCUGGCGCUCGCCGGGCAGCCGGACUCGCAGGCGCAGCCGCACACGCAGCCCGCCGCGCCGCUUCCCGCCGCGGCCCACGUGCUGCGCUCCGAGGCGCGGCUGGCGCGGCUGCUGCGCGCGCACCACAACGCCAGCGUCGCCUGCCUCGUGCAGCACCCCGCGCUGCCGCAGCCCGCGCUACAGGUCUCGCUGCUGCUCGACGUCCAGUACAGCCCGUCCUUCGCCAUCAGCCGCACGCCCGGCUUCGGCUUCCCGCUGCUAGAGGGCAUGGCCGUCUCCCUCAAGUGUGACGUCGACUCCAACCCGCCGUCCAGCCCCGUCUGGGUCAAAGAUGACGGCGCGCCGCCGGUAGCCCAGUCCAACGAUGGUUUCCUCAACUUCAGCUCCAUCAGCCGCGAGCACAUGGGCUGGUACAAGUGCACCAGUCGCGACGCCAGCUCCAUCGGCUACUACCUCAACGUCAUCUACGACGGCGAGGCCGGCGUGGAUGAGGACGCAGCAGGUGGAGUCGGCGUCGCUGGCGGCGGCGGCGGUAGCGCGGUGGGCGCGGGCCCGCAGCUGUCUCUGGAGCGCGUGCUUUACCAGGAGGCGGGCGUCUACCGCUGCGAGCCGGACCGCCGCGCGCAGGGGCUGCUCGACCGCCGCCGCGCCGCGCUCAGCGUCCGCCUCAACGUCACCGGGGCGCCGGUGGUGCACCCCAGCAACGCGACGGUGUCGGCGCGCAGCGGCCAGAGCGUCACGCUGCGCUUCGAGUUCUGCGCCAACCCGGCGGCGCAGCGCGCCCUCUGGCUCGUGUCGUCCGUCGCCGCCGCGGCGCUGCUGCGGCCCGGAAACGCCACCGGCCGCCUCACCGCCCACAACCUCACCCUUAGCGCGCGCGCGUUGCAGGCCGGCAGUUCGCCGCUGUGCCGCGAGGCUGCGCUGACGCUGGCGGCGGCGUCGCCGUCGGACGCGGGCGAGUACUCGCUGGUGGUGCGGUCGCCGCGCGGGCUGGCCGAGGGCAGCGUGCUGCUCGCCGUGACCCGCGCCUCCGGCCUGGCUACUGCUCAAACUCAAACAACAAUCACAACAAGACACAUCGCCUAG